AUGUUAGCUUUAUCUGGAUUACCUGCUUCCUCCACAGAAGUAGGGCUGGCUUGGUCGUCUCGCGCACCCGGCCGCGAGUUGUUACGCGUCCUCCAACAGGGAGGCAACUUCGCCGUGACGACAUCUGGAGGAGGUCAACCGCCUACUCCAGGAGGUGGGACAUUAUCGACUCCAGCAAUUGGAUCAUCAGGAACAAGGGGUGGUCCACCUAGUUCCGGAGGCAGGCCGUCGGUUCCAGGAAGUGGACCCACUGGUCCAGCAGGCAGAUCCCCUACCAGUGCAGGGAGUGGAACCGGCGUUCCCGGUGAUAGCCCGGUAAGACUACGGGGGGGCUCAUCUACCCCAGGAGGUGGGCGACAGUCCGAUCUAGGAGGUGGGCAGUUGAGCCCAGGUGGAUCAACUAGUCCAGGAGGCGGGCAGACUUCCAUUCCAGGAGGUGGAGGACCAUCUCGUCCAGGAAGUGGACUGUCUAGUCCAGGAAAUGGAAGCCCCCCUAAUCUAGGAGGUGGAAGACCAUUCAGUCCAGGAAAUGGACCACCUAGUCCAGGAGGAAGCUCACCUGGUGGAGGAAAUGGAGGACCACCUGGUCCAGGAGGUGGAGGAACAGCCAAUCCAGGAGGUGAAGGCUCACCUGGUGGAGGAGGCGGAGGCUCACCUGGUGGAGGAGGAGGCUCGCCUGGUACAGGAGGUGGAGGCUCACCGGGUCCAGGAGGUGAAGGCUUGCCUGGUGCAGGAGGUGGAGGAUCAGAGGCGGAGGAUCACCUGGUGGAGGUGGAGGCUCACCUGGUACAGCAGGAGGCAGCUCACCUAGUGAAGGGGGUGGAGGAUCACCUGGUGGAGGAGGCGGAGGGUCACCUGGUGGAGGUGGAGGCACACCUGGUCCAGGAGGUGGAGGAUCACCUGGCCCAGGAGGCGGAGGCUCACCUGGUGGAGGUGGAGGCUCACCUGGUACAGGAGGUGGAGGCUUACCUGGCUCAGGAGGCGCAGGCUCACCUGGUGGAGGUGGAGGAUCACCUGGUGGAGGAGGUGGAGGCUUACCGGGUCCAGGAGGCGGAGGAUCACCUGUUCCAGGAGGCGGAGGAUCAUCUGGUACAGGAGGCGGAGGCUUACCUGGACCAGGAGGCGGAGGCUUACCUGGACCAGGAGGCGGAGGCUCACCUGGUGGAGGUGGAAGCUCACCUGUUCCAGGAGAUGGAGGAUCAGCUGGCGGAGGAAGUGGAGGUGGAGGCUCGCCUGGCCCAGGAGGUGGAGGUGGAGGGUCAGCUGGUACAGGAGGUGGAGGAUCACCUGUUCCAGGAGGCGGCAGCCUACCCACUGGAGGAGGUGGAGGCUCACCUGGAGGAAGCGGAGGCUUACCUGGCCCAGGAGGCGGAGGCUCACCUGGUGGAGGUGGAGGAUCACCUGUUCCAGGAGGCGGCGGCCUACCCACUGGAGGAGGUGGAGGCUCACCUGGUGGAGGCGGUGGAGGAUCACCUGGUGGAGGAGGUGGAGGCUCAACUGGUCCAGGAAGUGGAGGCUCACCUGGUACAGGAAGUGGAGGCUCACCUGGUACAGGAGGUGGAGGACCAUCUGGCCCAGGAGGUGGAGGCUCACCUGGUACAGGAGGUGGAGGACCAUCUGGCCCAGGAGGUGGAGGAUCACCUGGUGGAGGAGGUGGAGGAUCACCUGGUACAGGAGGUGGCGGCCGACCCACUGGAGGAGGUGGAGGCUCACCUGGUACAGGAGGUGGAGGCUCACCUGGUACAGGAGGUGGAGGCUCACCUGGUACAGGAGGUGGAAGCUCACCUGGUACAGGAGGUGGAGGAUCACCUGGUGGAGGAGGUGGAGGAUCACCUGUUCCAGGAGGAGGCGGCUCACCUAGUGGAGGGAGUGGACGACCACCCGGUGGAGGAGGUGGAGGUGGAGGCUCACCUGGCUCAGGAGGUGGAGGUGGAAGCUCGCCUGGCCCAGGAGGUGGAGGUGGAGGCUCGCCUGGUGCAGGAGGUGGAGGGGGAGGCUCGCCUGGCCCAGGAGGUGGAGGUGGAGGCUCGCCUGGUACAGGAGGUGGAGGAUCUCCUAGCGGUGGUGGAAGACCGCCUGCUCCAGGAGGUGUAG